GGAUUGUUCCUGUCUACACAUCAGUAAUCAUGGCCACACGCAACUGGAACCUGGAGUGCAAGGUCUAUGUUGGUAAUCUUGGCAACAGUGCUGCCAAGAAUGAGCUGGAGUCUGCAUUCAGCAAGUAUGGCAACUUGAGAAAUGUCUGGAUCGCGCGCAAUCCGCCCGGCUUUGCGUUCGUCGAGUUCGAGGAUCCGCGUGACGCCGAAGACGCCGUCCGCGGCCUGGAUGGCACCCGGCUUUGCGGUGAGCGGAUUCGCGUUGAGAUGUCGUCUGGCAAGAGUCGGAACCGCGGCGGCAAUGCGCGGCGGCGUGUCCAACAGGUCAGUGAUGGGCGACGGCGCGCCUCCGCCGCCGCCGCCGCCGCCUGUCGGGAUCGCAAACCAGUGCCAUUGCCUUGAGCCGCGUGUGUGUGCGUGUGAAGCGGACCCCGGUCGGCGACAGGUGUGGACGCGCCGGCCUGUGUGCUGUGUAUGGUUUGUGCGGCCACUCCCUAACGCGACGAUGCCGUCUUACAGAUCUCCAACUUCACUCUAC